AAAUGUGUGUUUGUGUUAUUGCACAGUGUAUAUAGUACUUUGACAGCACCGUACUGUCUGGUAAGCAUGUAAAUAAUCAUUGGAAAUAAUCAAUGUAAAUAAUCAUUUGGAAGAAGAAACCUUUUCCAAAACUAAAGCAGUGCUGUAGCAAAAAUUGAAAACCGAAUUCGAUUUUACGAAAGUGAUAAAUCUAUAUUGAAAAAUGGCUGGUCAGCAACAUCAAUUUCCUACUGGCUUUCCAAACACCCAACAAAAUACCAUGCGAAAUCAAUUUGGUGGAGGACAAAUGGUUUCUGGUCUUAUGGGACCCCAGCAAGGUAUGGUAAAUCCUCAACAGUUUGGAGGUGGUGUAGGACCAGGUGUCAAUCCAAAUGUUUUGGGAAUGUUGAAUCCUCAACAGAUGAUGGCUCAGCAACAACCAAUGCAGCAACAGCUGCAACAACAUCAGCAACAAAUGCAACAACACUUACAACAGCAGCAACAACAGGCUGCUAUGGUUCCAGAGGGUAGUCAAUCCGGAGUUACUCCAACGACAUCACAAAUGCCUGUUGCUCAAGCUCAGCCGCAACAGCAACGUCCACAAAGUAAAGAUUUAAAUACUGCUACUCUUUGCAAAAUGGGACAAGAAUCUGUACAGGAGAUUGUUAAUAGAAUGCAAGAACUUUUUCAAGUUAUGAAAGUUAUUCAACCUCCUAAUGGUACUCCUCAUGGGCAAACUGUGUCACAUGAUAGAAAAGUGAAAGUACAAGACCAACUUAAAGCUAUUAAUAUGCUUUUCAAACGCUUGCGAAUGAUAUAUGAAAAAUGCAAUGAAAAUUGUCAACUGCAAGGCAUGGAAUAUACACAUAUUGAAAGCUUGAUACCUAUAAAAGAAGAGUGGGAUUCUAAAUCAGAUGAAAAGAAGGCUACUGAAGCUUACAGACUUGCUUGUGAAGAACACAAGGAAGCAAUGGAACAACUUGUGCUAAAAAAUAGACAUCUUAAACAAAUCAUUGAUCACCUAAGACGCUUGGUCUCAGAAAUUAAUACAAUGAUGAGCAUGCGUAGAUCUUAAGUAGACUAAGUGUAUAUAAGACUUAUUUUAACCAUAUCCGUAUUGUGUAGCAUUUUUUACGAAAAUUGUGUAAAUGAUAUUAUUUGACUAAAAUACUAACUAAAAUGCUAACUUAUUUUAAACAUUGUCCAGUUCUA